AUGUUCGGCCAUCUCAGUCUCAGACAGUCUUUCAACAAGACUUUGUUUUCCACGAUCAUGCUGAUUGCGGUCUCGCAGUUCAACUUUGGUUUCGAUCAGCAGGGGUUCAACACAACUCAGGCGAUGAACGCAUUCGAAAGACAAUUUGGGUGGUACAACCCCACAAAGAACAUAUACUAUCUCGAAAGCUGGUGGCUGUCGCUCUUUGCAGGUUUGCCUUACAUUGGCUUCGGAAUUGGAAUUCUGAUCGGAAGCUCUGUCAGCAAACGAUACGGCAGAAGAAUGUGCAUGUUCUCCAUGAGUGUUUGGUCGUGCAUUGCAACAACUGUCAUCAUGACUUCCAAGAACCGAGAUCAAAUCCUGGCAGCUCGCAUUCUCGCCUACAUCUACAUCGGAAUGGAAUUAAGUGUCGUGCCAAUUUUCCAAUCAGAGAUCACACCACAGCGCGCUCGCGGGUUUGUUGUUGGUACAUAUCAGUUGAGUCUUGCGAUGGGCGGGUUGGUUGUUAAUGCUGUCGCGCGAGGCACUGGCAGUCUGAACUCUUCAGCAGCGUACUUGAUUCCGUAUGGUCUGUUCUACAUCGUGCCCAUCAUCGUUAUUGCCGGGAUCUGGUUCGUUCCCGAAUCGCCACGCUGGCUCGCCAUGCAAGGCCGGAACGAAGAAGCCUUAGUCGCGCUCACCCGUCUCCGUCGAGGCAAAUUCACAGAAACCCAAAUCACCGAAGAAAUGGAACAUAUUCGCGCCGGCAUCGACCGCGAAGUAGAGAAGGGCACUUUCAAGGACAUGUUUCGAGGAAAGCAGACGACGAAGCGUACCUUGUCAGUCAUGGGCGUCAACUUCUUUCUGCAGGCGACCGGUUCAAUCUUUGCCAGUGUCUACGGCGCCAUCUUCGUCAAACAAUUGGGAUUCAUCAACCCGUUUACGGUCACGAUAAUUACUUCGGUCAUCAACAUCUUCAUGUGUCUGGGCUCCAUGGUCCUCCUCGAUAAGAUGGGACGAAGGAAUGUCAUCUUCUUCGGCGGAUCGAUUCAGAUGGCCGGGCUUUUCGCCAUGGGAGGCCUCGGACUGACUUCAAACCCGAGCGUCCCCGUAAAAUCCGCCAUCGUCGCGAUGAUGGUCGUGAUGACUGCUGGCUUCACCCUGGGAUGGGCACCCACAUCGCACGUUCUCUCAGCCGAGAUACCGAGCAUGCGUCUUCGUGACAUUACGUACCGUACUGCCAGUGUCUUCAACAUUGCGAUGCAGUUCACGAUCGCGUUCUCAAUGCCGUAUCUGCUAAACCCGCCGUAUGCUAAUUUGGGAUCCAAGGUUGGUCUGAUCUUCGGCAGUAUAGCGUUUCUGUCUCUCAUAUUUGUCUACCUCUGCGUUCCGGAGUGCAAGGGCCGCACAUUAGAGGAAAUCGACAUGCUUUUUGACAUGAAGGUUCCAAUGAGGAGUUUCCAGAAGAUUGAUCUGUCAGAAACACUUGUCCACGUCACCGGUCGGAAAGAGGAUGAGGAGACUGCCUCAGAGGUGGCAGUGGGAAUCCGGGCCGGAGGGAAAGUGUAA